AUGCUCAAGAGACUGACCUUUAACGACCAUUCUGAUUUGGUUACUGUUACGACGUUGGGUUAUUUCAUGGAUCAGAUAAAAAGUUUUACUGAAGAAAGGCCACCAGAAGACGCAUUCGGGACCUCUCAGUCCAAAAGGGCUCUCGCAGGACCAUACCGACUUUUUGGGAACUUAUUUCUCCCCGAGCCCCCUUUGAAGUUGCGUGACAAACUGGAUGAGCUUCGGCCUUAUUUGCUCGAGCUUGAAAAUAGGGAGAAAAGUACUGAGAUCGAUCAUGAAGCGAUAUCUGAGAAAUUAUGUACCUUCCAGCUCGCAGAAACACAGCUCUGGAAGGACCCACUUCCCAAUCGUUGUGCGGAGCAUAUUGUUCGCCCGUCAGGCUCAUGGCAUGCGCGUAUCGCUCAUCACCUACACAAUCCUUCUUAUACCACCCUUCACGCCAAGAACGGGGAGGUUGCUGAUGCUACAAAUGGGUGCACAGCACUCAUCAUGAACCAUCACUACGACCCUGAGCUUCACUUUAUGUUUGACCACUUCCACCGACGAGAGGACUUCUGCCCGUUUGCCAAGUAUCCAAAUCAUAUCCGGGCUUUCCAUGAGAAGCACACGAAUUGGAUUCGAAGCACACUGCAGGCGAAGAUUGAGAUAAUAUACGGUGCUGCAGUAAGAAAGUGGGCGAUGAAGCAGUUGAUUUUAACAUCGCUUAGUCUAUGGGGCGAAUACGAAGGUGUAUGGCUCCAUUUCGAGUGGGAGCCAGUUAUGGCAGGGAAGAAAAUCGCAAGACUCAUCAUAUUCGCGCUACACCCACAGAAAUUUCUCUCUUAUCAGUUGAGAUCCCAAAGGGAAGCAAAAGAGCAAGAUUUACGGAUUAGUGUUGCCCAUCAGUUGGCAUGCUUGCCUUUUACUGCUGAUUAUCAUGCUACGAGGCUUUGGGCGAGCAAGGCUGGAUUUAUUCAGAACGCGUAUUUCAAUGAGUGGUGCUUAGCCGAGAAACAAAACUCUCGGCUUGGCAUUAUUGACCUGCCAAGGCAAAAGAAUGUAUCGACACCAGGUGCUGCAUGCCCUCUAGUCACAGAUACAAGCGGGGUCAUGAGCUUGAAAAGAUUGGAUGAGGUGCUCUUAGAAGUUCUGGACAGUAGGAAACGUUUGGGCACGCGAGAGCUCAGGCAGGAAUAUAAGCUUCCGAAUAUGGCGAGCAACAUGCUGGAGCCUUUCCCCUGUGCGGUUAUGAGAGAAUGGUUUCAGGCUCAACAACAUUCAUUUUUUAGUGGAUUAUGCAUCAGAACUCGCGAUGACCUGGUCUUUGCGUACAAUAAGCAUUGCGUUGGAGGUGAUGAACGACAACCAUCCAAUCUAAAUACCAUGGAAUUAAUUCAAGCUUUGAUGAAUAUGCAACAAGCUAGGAUUCGGAACAGGGUCUAUCGUGUCUACCGACCAACAGCCAGAUCCUCCCGUUACUAUUCCACAUUCGAAAGCAUGCCUUGUGUAUGCGACAACUGUCGCUCCCCGCAGCCCCCCGAUCUCCUUCCCCGGUUUUCUAUUCAACACUCUGGGAUAUAUAUUUGUAGGGAAUGCAAAUGUGACUCAGAGGCUUGUUAUGAAACAACAAGAUAUGCCGUACCGGCUGAUAAGACGCCAUAUAUGGUAUUCGAUUUUCUGACCAAUACCACCGUUGCAGCUAGCAAGCUGAUCCGCAACGGUGAGGAGUGCGAAGGGUAUUUCAAUACCAUUGAACUCUGGUGCUUAUACUGUAGGGAGAGGACUAUGAUAGGGAAUACUUCCAUUCGAAAUCAAGCGCUGGAUAGAAGUCCCCAAUGGACGAAAGGAACACGUCCUAAAUACAUUCCCAGAUCGUUCACAUGCCACAAUUGCUCUCGUAACGACCAGCAUUUUGUUCCUAUCAAUGAAGAUAUUUCUUUCAUCUCCCUACGUGACCUCGCCGUUUUUGCAAUCAAUUUCUCAUAUAUGGACGAUCAAACCUUGAUCGCGCAUCUUGAUGCCCGCCCCUCAAGCACGUUCACAGCUCGGAGCUAUUCCAGGCGUUCACAUGAGAACUUAGGUCAUUCUAACACGCCCAGAAAUCUUGAUAACGGUCCUCCCUCCAAGAGGCGCAGGAACAUGAAGGGUAUUGACGCAUCACAAGCACAGUUGCAGAAUAUAACUCCCGGUGAGCCUUCCGAAAAUAAUGACAACGACCUGACGAACCAGAAUGGAUGUAAGCCUACGAUUGAAGAUCACACUAAGCCAGCUGUUAUCGAGUUAAAAUGCAGCAAAUGUGGUCAGCGCUGUGGUAGCAACUAUCGACCUAGAUGGCAUCGAGACACGGGAGAAUAUAUUGCGCUUUCAAGGCCCCAGUGUCCUCAAGGUUGCACAAACCAGAAAAUUUGGCUAGUCCCAGCUUCCGGUCUCGAAUAUAUGACGGCCAAUAUGCUAGAAGCUCGGGAGAGAAGUGAUGAGCGUCAUCGACAGCGAUACGGUCUUACCCUUCAUCUCGGUAAUCCGCUGUCGGAAAUAGCUCUAGAGACGACUAGUUGGAGGGUCAAAAGGCUUGGGCAACAAAAGCUACAGAACGAGCUAUCGUUAUCUUGA